CUCUCUCUCUCUCUCUCUCUCUCUCUCAACCUUAAAUUUUUCACUUCUUUAUGUUCCAUUUCAUGAGAGAGACCUUCUGCUCAUAAAUAGCCACCACAUUCUCCCUCACCCCUCCAUCCAUACCCACUCACCAUUAACAUUCCUCACUUCACCUUCCCAACCAAACCAACCCUCUCUCUCUCUCCCGCUCUCACUGUAACCCUAAAAGACUAAAAUGGCUCAAAGGAAAUCCAGCAGGCUGACACACUCAACGGUCCUCAGGCAGAUCCUCAAGAGGUGCUCGAGCCUCGGCAAGAAGCACCUCGAGUACGACGAUGACGGCCUCCCCUUGGACGUCCCCAAGGGCCACUUCGCGGUCUACGUGGGCGAGAACCGCAGCCGGUACAUCGUCCCCAUCUCCUUCCUCACCCACCCCGAGUUCCAGUCCCUCCUCCAGCGCGCCGAGGAGGAGUUUGGGUUCGACCACGACAUGGGCCUCACCAUCCCUUGCGAGGAGGUCGUCUUCCGGUCUCUCACUUCCAUGCUAAGAUAAAUAAGAAUAUGCAUUCGAUUGAUCUCCGUUAUUAAUUAAGUCGGAAUGGAGGACCGUAGAUGGCCAAGAGGAAGCAAGCUGACUCUAUGGGUUAUUCGAACUCAAUGCUUCUCUCUUUUUUCCUACAUCUUUAGGGGUCUUCGUUCAUGCAAUCCUUGAUGGUCUACAUUCCCACUGUCUUGUUCAUCGACUUUUUUGAAUUUUUUUUUUUUUCAUCUUCUUUUGAACCUUGUGGGUUCUUAGGAAAUAAUUUGAUGGCUACUCCUCUAACCCAAGUUCCCAAGGGGGCAGCAACAUCUUCUUGGGUUAAAUUUGUAUAUAAGGUUGUUGUUUUCCUCGCAAGGUGUAUUAAUGUUGGAGAAGACCUUGUAAGAGAAGAUGUUCAGGAGCUGAUUGUAAUUAGCGAGACCUUAUUUAUUGUUUGCAAGUUAACUAAUGAAGUUAUUUUGCAUGCUCAAAUGCCAAGUAAUUUUAUAAA